AUGUGGUAUGGAGCACCCAACCUUAGUGAUAUUAUUACAGCUAAUUUUUUGGCGCCGCAGUCAUUCGCGCUAUACGGCUAUGAUGCAGGUGUCCUUGGAGGAGUCCAGCACACGAAACCCUUCCUUAGUGCAAUGAAAAAUCCUACCGGCGCGUAUGUCAUACCCAUGAUUGCCUCUUCUUAUACCCUUGCGGCGGCAGUCUGUGCUCUGUUCGUCGCCUGCGUUGGCAUGCCACUUGGAAGACGAAAUUGUCUUCUCCUCGGGAAUGGAUUGGUCAUCAUUGGAGGCGCUCUACAAGCUGCGGCGUGGUCAGUCUCCCAGAUGAUUGUUGGCCGCGUGAUCUGCGGCCUCGGUAUUGGGUUCAUUUCUUCCACCACGCCAACUUUUCUGGCCGAGAUGUGUCUAGAGUCUGAGCAACGGGGUCCUGACGUUGCAUCUAUGUGUAUAUGGCUCGUCGGAGGUUGUGCUUUUGCUUACUGGGUCGACUUUGGGUUCACUCGCAUGGAUAAUCAAGUCUCCUGGAGGGUUCCGAUUGGCCUACAAACUAUCUUUGCUUUGGUAUCAGGAUCCGGGAUCCUGCUACUCCCAGACACUCCGCGUUGGUACUUUGCGAGAAACAGGGAUGACGAAGGUCUCAAAGUUUUGUCUCGCUUAUACGAUUUAUCGAUCGAUCAUGAGCAGGUCCAGGAGAUGAUGGAGACGAUUCGCACGUCAAUCAAGCUAGAAGAACAGGACGAGCAUAGAUUCAACUGGCUCGAUCUCUUCUGGGAUAGAUCCGAUCUCAAGGUUGGUCGACGUGUUCGAAUUUCGUUUCUCAUUCUUUCAAUGCAGCAAAUGAUGGGAAUCAAUCUGUCAGUAUAUUACAGCACCGUCAUCUUCUCUCAAGUUGGUCUAUCACCAUUUCUAUCGCAGCUGCUAGCGGCUAUCAUGAACACGCUAUUCGCCACUGGGACUGUGUUUCUCCCCUUUACAAUAGAGCGAUUCGGUCGUCGAAACAUCCUCAUGUACUCGGCCGUUGGUCUUACUAUUUGCAUGGCCAUAUUCGUCGGAAUGAUCUCUCAAGCUAAACCAACGCUUGGUAUGCAGUGGACAGCAGUCGCAUUUGUUGUCAUCUAUAACUUUAUCUUCGGAUAUGGUUGGAUUGGCGUUUGCUGGCUGUAUGGACCUGAGAUUGCUCCGCUGAAGUUUCGCCACAUUGGAGGUGCAGCCGGAGCCUUUGGUGAAUGGCUAUUUUCUUUCAUCACCGUUUUCGCAGGUGGUAUCGCGCUUGAGAAAAUUGGAUGGCGAAUAUGGAUCUGGAUGCUUUUGUCUUGUGCAGCAGCUGUGCCGUUCGUCUACUUUAUGUGUCCCGAGACCACAGGGAAAAGCCUGGAAGAGAUCGAUUUGAUAUUUGCCACACAGUCGGUGAAAGACUCGAGACUGGCAUCAGAAUUGAUCGCACACACCCACCACAAACAGGGAGAGACAGGAAGUAUAAUUCACGAGGAGAAAGUGUGA